GCCCCGUAUGUCAGCGGUGUGUUGGUAGUUUACUAUUACUACCGAAGAUGGCGGAGCUAAGCGCCAAGCAUCCGGCUAGGUCUGCCACCGCCAAACGACAACGACACGAGCAGAUAAAGCGUUGGAAGGAAGACGAAACGAGUAGAGCGUCAACGCAACCGAGAAGCAGUCGUGCAGAGAACCGCGUCAAGUUCGAAGAAGGAGUCAUCUUUCUAGCCGCCACGGCUAGCGACGACGAGGACGAAGUGAGGCGACUUCUGAAGGAGGGAAGUGACGUGAAUUUUGCGAAUGUAGACGGUCUGACAGCGCUUCACCAGUGUUGUAUCGACGACAACGAGGAUAUGAUUCGGCUGCUGUUAGCUGAAGGAGCGAACAUUGACAGGAUGGACAACGAGGGUUGGACUCCACUUCACGCAGCUGCCAGUUCUGGGAAUAUGAGUAUCGUCAAGCUGCUUGUGGAGAAGGGUGCAAAUGCGGCUUUAGCCAAUAACGAAGGGGAGCUGCCUCUAGACUUGGCUGAAGAAGAGGAAGUGAAGGAGUAUUUGGAGAAAGUGGUAGAAACCUAUGGGAUUGAUGUUGAGCAGGCUCGAAAUGCUGAGGAAUGGACGAUGCUGGAAGAUGUUGAGAAGCUUUUAGAAUGUGGUGAAGCAAUGGGUGAAGCAACAGGAGGCGCUACGGCAUUACACGUUGCUUGUGCCAAGGGCUACCUUCAUGUCAUCAAUCUUCUGUUGCAAGCUGGUGUUGAGGUCAACAGUAGAGAUAGGGAUGGAUGGACACCUCUUCAUGCCUGUGCUCACUGGGAUCAAAUGACAGCAGCUGAGAUGGUGAUUACUGCAGGAGCAAGAUUUGACAUCAUGACUUAUGCUGGUGAAUCUCCUGAAGAUCUUGUUGAAAGUGAUGAGCAGAGAAAGAAACUACUUGAAAUGAGGAGGCGAAUUGAUAGUGCCAAGAGAACAGGAAGCAUGGCAAGAAACAAGCCUGGUGAUGUAUUUGAAGCAAUGCAGCGAAUUAGAACUGACUCGAUGAUGAAACGACGAACAUCUAUCACACGGAUGAAAAAAGACAUAGCAGGGAAACGAGAUAUCUCACAAGAACGGAACAUUCAGGAAUCAUUCAAUGAGACAAAGCGAAGUACUUCGAAUGGAUCUCCACUACGUGAUGAUGGUUCUUCGGAAUUGCAGAAGCCUUCUCCUGCAUUGCUUAGGCGUAAUGGUCUUGAAAGAUCGAGCUCUAGAGAGUUUGAUACGCCAGGAUCUGUGAAGCCAUUGGGAAGUGGAGCUAGCAAAGCUUUUGCAAACCUUCUGAAUUCUCCAAUUGGAUUUAGAAAGCAUCCUCCUAAAGGGAUUGAAGAUGGAGCAUCACUGGGUACAGAGAGCUCAACUAUCUUACCUUACAAGGCAACUAAUGCUAAUACUGAUGAUACAGACAGUGAUGGGAUAGAUGGGAGGCAAAGCGGUAAGUUGGAUAAUUCACCUGAUCAAAGAUCCCUAAAUGCUGGAUCAACUCCGAUGCCAAUAGCUAUGACUGUGAACAAACCUGGCCUGUAUGGGGUUCAUACAGAUGAAAGUGUGACUGGUGUGGGAGUUUCACCACUUUCGAAAAGACCUGCAGAAAGGGACAGUGGAAAUGGAGCUGUGGAAUCAGUGGCUGCUGCUAGACUGUCAGAUUCAUUGCCAGUAGUGAGUCCAAGUCGAAGUGGAGUUAAUGAAGAAAAUGAAAAGCUUCCAGAGGCCAAACGUCGUGACAAGGCAAAACAGAAACGUCAGAAGAGACGCCCAACUCAACCUGUCUCAGUAUCUGAUGUGCAAGAAGCUAGAGACGCACUGGAAGAACCAGAGAGCGGAGAUGAAGAUGUUGAAAGUACACCUGCAGCCACUCAACCUAAAGAGCCUGUCGAGUCUUCUCCUACUGUGACCAAGUCACGAGCUUCAGGCUCAGAAAUGAUGCGGAGAAAAAAGGCACGUAAAUCUCGAGAAGACAGACCACAAACAGGUGGUAGUGAAUUGUUUCAGGCUCUCAAAGAAGCUGUAGAUGCAAAGAAUAAUGAAACUAAUGAUAAUGGUGAUGAUUUGGAAUCACUGAAAGUUAGUGAUGAGGAACAAGAAGAAAAAGAAGAAGACUUAGAAGAUGAAGAAGCACCAGAAAGAAACAAGACAUCACUGAAGCAGUCUGCUUUUAAGCCACGUGCACGGCCCAAGCCUAAACUUUUUGUUGACGAACCCAAUAAUGCAGAACAAGUAUCAUCAAAACGUCGAGAACCAGAAGGAAGCAGUGGAGAUUCAUCGGCUGUUGCUGUGAAGCAGCAGGUGGACAGACUGCAAGAUCCAGGAACGAGUCAAGCCAGCAAUCCUUCAUCCCCUCGACGACAACCGAAAAGAUACAUUUCAAAGGGUUCUGAGAAAUCAGGUCAGAGGAGGGGUACUGGUUAUAUAUGGGACGCUCAGUCAUCAGGCAAUCAGGGCGAAGGUACCAGAGAUUUGGAAGAAAGAAUACCCAAUACUGAGCAGCAAGAGACUGAACCAAGAAAGAAGACAGUAGUUACGAGGACUGUAACUAGGAAAUACGUCAAAAAGCCCCGAAGACCUACAGGACCUGUCGAUGCAGAUGAACUAAAAGAGUCCUCAGUUAUGCAAGAGGGACACGGGUCAACUAAACAAGGGAUGGCUGAACGUACAGGAGGUGAUGGAGUGAAUGGCAGUACUACAACUGGAGAGCCUACAUCAUCUCAAAUGAGUGGUUUAAGUCCAAGAUUAGCUAGGUCUUCUUCUCAUCAGAGCUCUAGUAGCCCGGAAAGAUCGGAUUAUAAGCAGCUGUUUGAAGAAGAAAGAACAAAAUAUGAUAAACUUAAAGAAAAGUAUUUGCAGUCACAGCUUGAUGUCAGAGACUUGCAGACACAAUUAAAGCAGGCUGUAGAAAGAAUUGAGGAAAUGCGCUCAAAGUAUGAAACUGAGAGAAGGGAGAGAAAAGCACUAGAAGCUCGUCUUGAAGAGAUAGAAAGAAUAUCAUCAGAAGUUGGUGAUGCAAGCAAGCAGAUUGCCAAACUGAAAGAUGAAAACGCUGCUCUCAUUCGUGUGAUAGGGAAGCUGUCUCGUUCAACACCAACUUAGCUGUUACGAGGUAGUUGGAACGAGCUUGGUUGGGUUCAUAGCCAAGGUGCUGUGCACAGGCCUACUAGAUCAGACACAGCUUUAGGAUAACAUUGUUUCUUCUAAAUUUCAUAAAUAGUGUAAGGACAAUAGACUACUGUAAUUGUUUGAGUAGAGUAUCUAGAAGAUUAAAUAGAUCAAUACGAUUGCAACUCAACUGUA